AUAUGCACAUUCUCCAGCUCUGCACUAAACUCAGAUACACAGUCGGCGAAUGCAACCGUGGAUUUGGAAGUUUCAACUGUUGACACCAAGGCAUCCCGAUCUGUACACCAAAGACCCGAACUGAAGGAAUCACGAAGAGAAGCGAGUGGAUCAUAUCUAAACGCAAAGGCUCACCCACAGUCUUUGCCAAGUUUGACGAUACCAGAAUUGGUGCGUACACUUGGUAUUGCUGGUGCCAGUACAUUUGGCCGGCUCAGCUUUCGCACAGCAAAGCGCAUACUGUACGGGCUUCAAAGGAGAUUUGAGAGGCAGAAACUCGAAUAUCAAGCGGUAAUGUCAAAUUGUCGUAGGCAGGGUUCCCUAAGAGAACGGGACAAUGUCAGAAUCAGUAAAGCUAUCACUAGCAAGAAUCACAACUCUAGAGGAAAAGCCACUACGCAUAUAAGAAAACAGAGAGAGGUGAAACCUAGCCCCAAGGUAAAAAAGUCAAAAGCAACCUUGAUCCGCAGAUUAGCCAUCCCAACCGAGCACGAUCCCGAAGCACUCAGCAAAACAUUCCGUAUCCUAGCCUUCCAAACCGCCCGUCUAGCAGAAGAAGCCGGUGCAACCCUCGCCAGCAUCCAACCCCACCGAUUGCGUACACAAAUCCAGCCCCGACACGCCCGCCGCCUUUAUGCUCCCCGCCGCAGGAAAUUCGGCACAAAAAUCCGCUACCACAAGAGCAAUGUUGGCGCAGACCCCACGACAAGACGAUCUCGCUUUGAGCGCAAGUCCUUACCCGUAAAACGCAAUCUCAUACCCAAGCAGCGCAAGCCCACGAUCAAGAAACAUACUUUACAGCCUAGAGUGAGGCGUGUGAGGCCCCCCGUCUCCAUCAAACGCCAUGAAUCCUUCUUCAUAGGGACGAUACGGUAUCCCGAUGGUGCGAGGGCGAAACUCAAACGCCGUGUGCCAUCUCGCUCGCGUGACGAGGCUGCGCGGGGGAGGACGAGGGGCGCGGUGCUGAGACGGGUGCCGCUGGAGUGGCGGGCUACUGGUGCGGCGGUGGCGGUUAAACGGAGGGAGGAGGCGAGGCGGCUGGCGGCUACGGUGGAAGGGUGGCUUGGUGGUGGAGGUGAAGCUAAGAAGUGA